AUGGCGGUGCGUGAAGACAAUAUCCGUCGUCGCGUCGCACACAAUCCCGUGUUCCCUUUCGCCGUCCUCUCUCCAUGCUCAUUCCGCGCUCGCCGUGUGCCGCCCUUCCUCUCGCAGGCCGCGAAGAUCCCGGUGGAGCUGCAGCUGGCGGCGGACGAGGCGGCGUGGCUCGCCCAGAUGGCCGCCACGCACGGGCUGCCCGAUGCUGGCAAGGCGCUGCGCAUCGUGCUGACUUACGCCAGGGACGAGAGUCUGGGGGCUCUGGGCGGCAAGGAGGCCAUCCAGUCGGCUUCCUCAUCGCUCGCCACGCACUCAUUCGAAAUCGAGUCUUUCCAUGAGGACGUUUUGCAGAAGAUUCAAGAAGCGAACAACUGCGAGAACGUUAGUGAGGCGGUGCGGGUGCUGCUGCACCACGUGCAGGCAGCGGUGUCAGAGGCAAUCCUCUUUGGCCUCGUGCGCUGCAAGCGCCCCCUCAACUGCACCUCCUGCCCUGCCCAUGCCGCCGCUGCCGCUGCCAAGGCUGCACCCUCUGCUGCGCCUGCCGCUGCUGAGUAG